AUGUCGACACCCUCAAGUCAGUCAGAUUUCCAGAAUAAACCGGUUUUUCUGAGAGGAAUCACUACCGAGUCGUUGGCCUCCAACGCCAAUGUAUUGGUGGGCCGCCAAAACGUUUUCAUUCUUAUUUAUUGGCAUUAUUUACACACCUUCUUGGUUGUAUUGGCUCUGAUGGAAAUCGACUCAACAAACAGCGCAGAAUGUCGGGAUCAGCUGUUGGACAGAAUGUAUGGUCUAUGGGCACAGUGGGAUCACUUCGUACGGUCAGCAUUGCAGCUCAGUUCAUCGCAAAAUCUCACUGACACGGAUCACCUGCCUUCAUCCACCUCAAAACAUGCGAAAUCAGCCUCGUCACAUCCAAGUAAUGGGCUACUGAGGUCGAAACCUUUGCUUCCAGCUGCAGCUGUUGGAACCACCGCGCGUACCUCAUCUUCCAGCUCAGAUCUCUUUGUACCCCGAUCGCAACGCUCUCGCGCUGGUUGCCACUUCGGACGCAUCCUCCCGUUGUUACCGGCGACAGCUCGGUCUUCAACUUCAAGUUCUGAUUUGUUCCUGCCCAGAAUGCCGCGGGUUCGCCAACUAGCAGAAAGCAAUAACAAAUCAGAUACUGUUUCUUCGCCAUCAGCACCAGAGAGUUCACCUCCUGUAACCGGUGCCUCAGUGAUAAGCAGUGAUACUCCUCAGCCCCCAGAAGUCACUGACAGCGGUCCAAAGCAAACAUCGCUAUUGAGCUCGAAUACAGGGCUUGUCUCAAAGAUGUCAACUGUUCCUGAGACGAAAUUAACGUUGGUUCCUGAAUCACCCGCUGAAGAUACGGAAGAUCAGGAGGUCAUAAGUCGUCCUCCACCGAUAGUCGUACCGGAAUCCACUUCCUCUUCUGCGAGUGUUGCCAGUCACUUUAGCUCUUCAGCAUCUGAGGAGGCAGCGGAGCGAACUAUGGUUGCAUCUACUGCGUCGCACAGUGCUGUCACAUCAGCCACCAUUUCCGCCGUUGGAACACAAAUCGCUCUGAGUAGCGACGAGGCACCUACCACAGGCAAAAUCCCCAUUUACGGUAGGUGGCACCGUCAACUCUACUACUAUGCUGGGAUCUUGGAGCUUCCACAACCCGGGUUCCGUCGUUCGGUUCAAUUCGAAGAUGGUUCCCAAUCUCGACUCAAACCAUCAGAUUUGCUGUACGUGAACCUUCUACCAGUUUCAGCAGAAGUCUGCGCAGACUGGGAUAACAACGGAGACUUUUGGGGUGACUGUGUUGUUGAGACGCAUCUGAUGGAUUCGCGCCGACCCUAUUUGAUAUUUUGCCGAACGAAUGGAGAGCGAAAAGCAAUGGCCCGGAAGGAUGUCACCAUCCAUCAUUCUCAGGUGUGUCGCCUACGAGAAUCGGGUUUGUUACCAGUUUCAGCUGAUGCUGCCCCUGAGCGUCCCGGUGCUAGUUCCUCCACGAAGAACCAACCACCGUCCAAAAGGAAAACACCAAGACCGGAAGAGCAACUGUCACAACCAUCGGGCGCACUCUUAGCUACUCCUGAGGUCAGCCUAACCAACGUUUUGUUCAGCAAGCGCCAACCGAAGGUCAAGCGCUAUCGCUCUAGUUGGGCAACGCCACUUACCCGAUUAGCAGCGGAGGCCAAAGCAAAAGAAGGAGGAUACAGUUCUGAAGGACCGAAAUAUCAAAAGUUGUCCAAAUCUUUCACAACGACAUCGUCGUUACGUUCUCCAACGGUAGAUCGAGACUCAACGACAAGUGGACGGUGCAAGCGGUUGCGACAACGAUCUGGACGAUCAGAAACUACGAAUGCGUCGGGUACCAAAAAGCAGCGAUUACUUAAGUCUCCUCUUCACAAUGUGCUUUCGCCGUUAAAAUCCAAUGAUUAUGAGAGUGACGUGGCAACACCACCAAUCCAACCGAUUUCUCGGACAUCUGUGGAUUCGUCUACAACAACUGCCACCCGCCCGAUCAAUGACACAUCGAUGCUGAUUCAUCGUAGAUCGCUGAGUCGUUGUUUGGGAAUUCCUGUCCCCAGUGCUCGACUUUUCUGUGGUUGGAAAAUUAUGAUUACUGGUAGAGUAACAGUCUUGAACGCGCCUGUCGAAUAUUAUCCUUUAUCUUGUAUCGGAAUCUUUAUUUGUAGGUUUGCUGUGCCAAUUCGCUAUCGGUUUCCUGCUUAUCAAGUAUUGCCACCACUUUCCUUGUUUGAUCUCCGAGUUGAUUGGCUUGGAGGCCAGAAUAAAUGUGAGCUGGUGGCGAUUGUCACAGACGAUAUGGAGGUGUUUGGACCUGCUUGGGCCAACAUUCUGCAGCUAGCGAAUGGAGCUCCCCUUUCGUCCGACGAAUUGAGUUCACAUGUCGUUAAACCAAUCCCCAUUCUUUCAACCGAUGAAGCCCCCAAAAACUUGCACCACUUGCUAUAUCCUAUGCGGUCACGAUCUACGCCUCAGCGGUCAGUUAACAAAGGAUCCUUGGUCUUGAUUGAUGUUGCAGAUUACGAGGCAGCGACGUGCUGCAUAUUGCGGAGGCGUUGUCUGUCCUUGAUCAACGUUGACUCGCGCUGUCUAGGUUUGAUGCAAGGCUGUGACGCGCUGCAUAUUGAGGGGGCGUUGUCUAUCUGGUCAACAUCUAGCGGAGCUGAGAGUCUCCGUAGAUUCCGGGCAUUCAGUGGUUGCUUUCAGGAAGCUGACUUUCCUGAUACCUUGAGAAACUUUCGUCCGAAUGCAUGGCUGAACUUGACCUGUUGCCUUGCCAGUUGGUCACUUGCGACUACUUCAUCCAGUCUCUCAUUUGUGGCCAUCUUCUUAACCCGGUUGACUCUUCAGCCUUUGUACCCCCAAGACACUAACCAGCAUCACUAGCCGUUCAGAUUCACGAUAUUUUUUAUCCGUCCGCACCAAUGACCAAUUAUCUCUGCAUUUAUUCCCCUGUUCCCGCUGGUUUCCAAAAUGUG